AUGAGUUUGUUUUCAGAUGGCUCCGCCACUGGACCAGAAUUUCAAAUUACCAGUCUCGAAUUCUCCGUCCUCAACCCCCUUGCUUUAUUGCACAAUUUCAGACACUCAAUAUUUCCUUCGGAAGCCAGUGUUAAUGUGUUUCAAUCUACUAGCUGGUCACUUCCGCCGCCUUUGUAUUCGCCUCAUAGAAAUGCCUUGAACCCCCUGUUCUUGAUUCUUAUUGGGAGCAGCUUGUCCUUGAUAUUUUCAGUAUUCAUUGGUGUCCAAAUUGUACAACUUUUACGAUCAAAAACAUUUGCAUCCAGAAAAUCAACGGGAACUUCGUGGUCCCAGGUUGUUCGAGUCUUUUUAGUGUUAACUCAAUUCGUCCUGUUGCUUGCGCUUUACACCCUAGUGGAGAAUAGUUUUAUUUUCAACAACAUUGUGGCAACGUCACUCGCCACUGUAUUACAUUUACUUGAGUAUAGAAAAUCGUCUGUGCCAGUGGCAUCACUACUUUUCUAUUGGCUUGCAAAUUCAUUAUUCCUUUUUGUUGUCGUGGUCCAGGACUCUGUAUCGAAACAUCAUGUGCUUCUGGUCGAUUCUGUCAGCUAUGCUUUUGAAGUUGCAGUACUUGCAACUAGUGGAUUGCUUCUUAUUCUCGAAUCUGGAUUCUAUACUCCAGGCUUUCAAUUAGAGGACAACGAUAAUAGAGCCUCCAUUUUUUCACUGCUUUCAUUCAGCUUCAUACAACCGGUCAUCGACAAGGUCUACCUGACGGAUGACAUCAAGCUUUCAGAACUUCCCAAAGUAGCCGAUAAUCUAGCUUGCGAUGAAGUAUAUCCGGUUUUAAAACAUUACUGGAGUUACGAGAAAACCGUCAAGUUCCAUUUUCUCAGCAAAGUUUGGUCGGUGAUUAGAAGACAAAAGUAUGAGAACUCACCAGUAUUGUUUGCAGCAGUAUUCAAAACAUACUAUGGAUAUUUAUUAACCAAUCUCUUGUUGUCCUUUAUCGAGACGGUUUUGCAGUUUUCUCAGCCAUUUGUCUUGAUGAAAUUUCUUGCAUUUUUUGACAUCUAUCUUUCCAGUGCUGAGGAUAACAAGCCGCCAAUUAUCAUUGGGUAUUACUGGGCUGGUGUUAUGUUCCUUAUAGUAGUGGGCAACUUCAUCGUUUAUAACCAGAUGACUAUUUUGCAGAAUAAAUUGGCUGUUAGUAUUAGAUCCUCAUUGACAACUUUGGUGUACCAAAAGGCAUUAAACUUUUCCCCAGCAUCGAGACAGAAGAAGCCAACCGGUGAUAUUAUCAACAACAUUUCAGUAGAUAUUGGUCAAAUAAAUGGAUUGUUUUUGCAAUUAGGCGACUAUUCUGCGGCUCCAAUCAAGUUAGUGGUGUGUCUUGUUGCAUUAUACAAAUUCUUCAAUGCAGCAUCUUUCUUUGGACUUGGGGCCGCAUUGUUAUCGGUACCACUAGUUACAUUAAUCAAUGCGACUGUGAUCACUAGCUACAAACGGAUGAUGAAGGACAAAGAUGAUAGGACAACAUUGAUUACCGAGAUUGUUAAUCUGGCUAAGAGCAUCAAAUUGUAUUCAUGGGAAAAGCCAAUGUUGGAAAGAUUGAGCGAUAUCAGAAAUAACAGGGAGCUACAAAAUCUUAAACUGAUUGGUGUCAUUAUUGCUCUUGCACAGUUUUUAUGGACAUGUGUGCCAUUUUUUAUCAGUUGUGCUUGUUUUGCCGCAUUUGCUUGGUUGUACAGUAUUCCAUUGACUCCUGAGGUGGUAUUUCCGGCAUUGAGUUUGUUUGAUUUGUUGAUGGAACCAAUGAUGACUAUACCGAGUGUAGUAGUGCGCGUAGUGGAAACGAAAGUAUCGCUAGGUAGAUUGACGGAGUUAUUGGUAUUGGAAGAAUUAAGUCCCAAUCAGAAUGGGAAAAUCAAGCGGGAGCUUUUACCGAAAGGUGACUUCUCGGUGAAAAUAGACAACGCCAACUUUGUAUGGAACGCCAAUGAACCAGAUCAAUCGUAUAAAGACGAAGAAGAUGAAGUUGUGGGCCAGAGCUUGAAGAAUGUUGCCUUGAAAGAUAUUAAUUUUGUGGGCAAGAGGGGAAAAUUGACUUGCGUGGUUGGAAAAGUUGGAAGCGGUAAGUCUACCUUGCUAAGCGCGAUUCUUGGUGACAUUCCUAUUCAAGGAGCCAACUAUCAAGAUGAAGAGAGUGCUUCACAGCCAAAGAUCGAGGUAUUUGGCUCUAUCGCUUAUUGUCCACAAUCACCCUGGAUUUUGAACGGUACGGUCAAAGAGAACAUCUUGUUUGGUCAUAAAUACGAUUCCGAAUUUUACAGAAAGACGAUCAUUGCUUGCGAGUUGGUUUCUGAUUUCAAAACGUUACCAGAUGGCGAUAAAACAAAUGUGGGAGAAAAAGGGAUAUCAUUAAGUGGUGGCCAAAAGGCGCGUAUUUCCUUGGCAAGAGCUGUUUAUGCAAGAGCUGACAUAUAUCUUCUUGAUGACGUGUUAUCUGCUGUUGAUGCUCAUGUGGGAAAAAACUUGAUUAAGCAAGUUCUUGCUAGCGAUGGAAUAAUUGGAAAUCGUACCAAAAUUUUAGCCACAAAUUCCGUUCCUGUUUUGCAUGAAGCCAAUGACAUUUAUCUUUUGGCAGGUGGUGCUAUGAUUGAACAUGGGAAUUAUGACAAUGUGAUGAGUAGAAAGGGGGACUUGGCAAAUUUGAUUAACGAAUUUGGUAGACAAAAUUCCGAUAAGCUGAGAGAGGCGACACCUGACAAUGAAAUACCAGGAAAAGACUUGGUAGAGCUCGAGGAGGCAGAGGUGGAUCAUACUCUUCGCGAAACAAUUGAUGUAGAACUUACGUAUGGUUCAUUGCGCCGAGCAAGUGUCGUCUCCUUUGAUCACGAAUAUUCGGAUGAUGAUGAGGAUGAUUAUCAGGAGAAUUCGGAUGGCUCGAAUAAUCGUAAGACCGAGAUACAAGAGGAGGAGAAAGAAAAGGGAGCUGUUCCACUUAAAACUUUUUUCCGAUACAUCAAGGAAAGCAAUGUUGGCUACUUUUCGAUAUUUUUGAUAUCUAGCAUCGGAGUUAGUCUCCUCAAUGUGGCAGAGACGUAUAUUUUGAAAGAAUGGUCAAACAUAAACAAAGAUCACAAUUCAACUGUAAGACCAGGAUUCUUCUUGGGAUUAUACUUUGGAGUUGGUGCUUUGGGUGGGGCUUUGACCUAUUUGGGCUUAUUCAUCUUUUGGUCCUUUUGUAUUAUUCGCGCUGCGGGGUACUUCCACGACACUAUGGCUAAAUCAAUUUUGCGCUCGCCAAUGUCCUUUUAUGACACUACUCCCGUGGGUAGAAUAUUAAACAGAUUCACCCAGGAUAUCUCCAACUUGGAUAUGACAUUGCCUUUUACAUUGAUAAGCUUUCUCCAGUUGAUGGUUAAAGCCGUUAUUACGUUGGCCGUUGUUGUUGCCUCGUUGCCCAGUAUGCUUGUGGUAAUUUUAGUUUUAGGAGUGAUAUACAACUACUACCGAGCAAGAUUCAUCCCUACCUCAAGGGAGUUGAAACGAUUGCAAUCUGUUGUGAACUCGCCAGUUUUGUCAGUAAUCCAGGAAUCACUAAAUGGUGUUGAAACAAUAACUGCAUUCCACCAAAAAGACAGAUUUAUCCACAAGUGUAAAAGAUUCAUUGAUGAACGGACUUUGGUUAAUAUCGUGAAUGUUGAUAUCAUGCGGUGGUUAUCAAUGAGAUUACAGUCUAUUUCUGCUGUGACAUUACUAGCAGCUUCUGUGUUGUCCGUGCAUUCGUUAACUGGAAGCCAUCCUUUAGUACCAGCCAUGGUUGGUUUUGUCUUGACUUAUGUCAUCACUGUGCCAUCCAUCUUGACAGCCAUAAUCAACUCAUGGAGUAUGGUUCAAUCUAGUGGUGUUGCAUUGGAAAGGAUCAUCGAGUACUGUGACUUGCCGUCGGAGGCUCCUUUGAUCAUCGGGGACAAGAGACCGGAUGCUACAUGGCCAGCUCAUGGUGUCGUUAAAUUCAACAAUUACAGUACUAGAUAUAGAGAAAACUUGAAUCCGGUAUUGAAAGACAUUGGAUUUACCAUUGAGUCCAGACAAAAAGUGGGUAUUGUUGGAAGAACAGGUGCUGGAAAAUCAUCGUUGACUUUGGCCUUGUUCAGAAUCAUUGAAGCUACUGGUGGUAAUAUUGACAUUGAUGGAAUCAACAUCAGUGAGAUUGGCUUGUAUGAUCUUAGACACCACUUGACCAUUAUUCCACAAGAGGCACAUACCUUCAGAGCAUCAGUCAGAGAGAAUUUGGAUCCCUUUGGCGAAUACAAUGACGAAAAAUUGUGGAGGGCAUUAGAGUUGGCCCAUUUAAAGGAGCAUGUUGAAAAGAUGGAAUCGGAGCCAACCGAAGCGGAGAAGGAAGCAAGCAAGAAUCCUGACGAGCUACCCAAGAAACGCGGGUUGGAUGCUGAUAUUGAAGAGGGUGGUUCCAACUUGUCAGCAGGACAGAAACAGUUGUUAUGCUUGGCCAGGGCUUUGUUGAAUGAGACUAGUAAGAUCUUGGUGUUGGACGAAGCCACUGCUGCGGUCGACUUCCAAACAGAUAAGAUCAUUCAAGAAACAAUCAGAGAACAGUUCAAAGACAAGACCAUCUUAACUAUUGCCCAUAGAAUCGACACCAUCAUGGAUAGCGAUAAGAUUCUAGUAUUGGACCAAGGUAAAGUUGCUGAGUUUGACACACCACAGAAUUUGCUCGAGAAUAAAAACAGUAUAUUCUACUCUCUUUCAAAAGAAGGAGGUUACAUAGAUUAG